UUAUUGACGUUCUACUACAAUAUUUUAAUAUCACUCAAUUUGAGUCAAAUCAUUUGACUGAUUGUUAAUUUGUUAUUAUAGCUCCAUUCUAUCAACUAACUGAGACGGGGGUUUGUCGAACGAGGUUUAUUUGUGUUUUACGAUGGCGAAAGCGUUGAAGAAGCGGGCGCUUGCAGAAUAUAGCCAAACUAUUCUUGUGGAGGCUGCAGCCGCCGUAGUGCAGCCACACCCCCCAAAACGUCUCCGCCUUCGGAAGCCUGCUCGAACGGAUGGGGACGAUGGAAUCGUUCCUGCCGUGCUAGAAGAGGAGAUAUCCAACUUGGACCCUAGCCGAUCUUCCGCUGAUAACUUCAAAGCCCUCUCUAGGAUUGUGUCCUUCUUCCCAUCCACCAACGCGACGGCUGAAACACUUUUAAUGGCCAAACUGAAGACAUUGUUUCUCAAGGACAAGAAUGCUGCACUGAGAGCGAAAUGUUUGACAACUAUGCAACUCUUAAAAUUGACUCACACAGACCUUGUUGGGACGAUCGAAGAUAUUAUUCGUUUAAUUUCUAACGAGUCAUCCUCUUUGGUUAUUGUCAGCGGGCUGAAUGUCGCCAUUAAAUUAGCUACAACUUGCGAGAACCGUGGUAUAAAUUCUCGGCUUCUUUCGCUAGUUAGACGGUUCAUCAAAUCGACGGAUGCGAGAGUAAAGUGCAAGUGUCUUCAACUAAUUGCCACUCUUUCAGUUGUGGAUGAACCUGAAGGACUGGCUGACACUUUAAAAUUUGUUCAUUCCUAUUCUCAUAGUCAUGAGCCCAGAGUUAGAAGUGCUGCAUUUAAAACAAUGCUUCAGCUGCAUGAGAAGGGAACACACUUGGAUGUGUCCAUCUAUAAGGACGUGUCAAAAUAUCUCGACGACGACUAUGAGAGUGUAAGAUUGGCAGCCAUUCAGCUAUUGUGGUCAAUCAGUCAGACUAGCACAGAGCACAUGAUACCUACCCCAAAUUGCACGGGAGAAAUGAUGAGAUUGAUUGAUGAUGCUUUUGCAAAGAUAUGUCAUGCCAUUAAUGAUCCUUGCGUCCAGGUGCGAGUAUUGGCUGCAACUCUUCUCGGAAAAAUGCCACAGGUUGGACAGACUUUUUUGGACCAAACUUUGGACAAGAAAUUGAUGUCCGACAUGAGGAGAAAGAAAUCAGCUCACGAGCGACAGUGGGAAAAAGUAAAGUCCGGAGAGUGGUCGUCGGGUAAGAAGUGGGCGGAUGAUGCUCCUCAAGAAGUGAUGGAUGCUGGGUCGGUGACGUUGAUCAGCAGUGGCGCUGCUGGAGCCUUUGUGCAUGGACUGGAGGAUGAGUUCAUGGAGGUCAGGAGUGCUACUGUGGACAGUCUCUGUACGCUUGCUUUGAAGAGUCCGGAUUUUUCCAACUUGACGCUCGACUUUUUAGUGGACAUGUUCAACGAUGAAAUUGAAGAAGUGCGUCUAAAAGCCAUCGACAGUUUGAGGAGCAUAAGUAAACAUAUUGUUUUGUGGGAAGAUCAGUUGGAAACCAUUCUCGGUGCGCUCGAGGACUCCUCGAUUGAUAUUCGAGAAGGUCUUCACAAAUUGUUGGCCGUUUGCCACUUGAUGACAAAGGAUUGCGUGAAGAUGGUCUUGGACGCCGUGCUAGAUAAUUUAAAGAAAUAUCAGCAGGACAAGAGAUCAAUUUGGAAAUGCCUCGAGGGCGUGGGGCUGAAUCACCCCUGGGUCGUUCUUCCUCUCGUCCCCCAACUCCUUUCCAUGCACCCCUUCUUUGACACUUCUGAACCCGACCCAGAGGACCCCGCAUACGUUUCCGUCCUCAUCCUCGUCUUCAAUGCAGCAAAAGGAUGCAACACUAUGGCCACACUAUUUGAUGACAAAUUGUUACGCCACUACCACUACUUGAGGGAUACCCUACCCCUCCUGGUGCCAGAGUUGAAUAUUGGGAACGAUUUGCCCAAUCGUCAUGUAAUUGACAAGCCAACAGCGACUACAAGUAGCAGUGUAGUGGGUACUGCGCUUUCAUCUUCUGCGUCGAGUAGCAGCUCUGGCAGACUUGUGCUCAAUGAACUGGCAAAUAAAUUAAAAAGUGCUCAACAACUAUCUUCAGAAAUGAAGCAAAAGUUGAACAAGCUCGUUCUCAAGGAUUUCAAGAGAAUUGCUCAAGUUGACAACGAAAUUGCGGCUGUAGCAAAGUUUACGGCCUUGUACGUUCGAGCUCAACUGGUUUACUCCAAUUGUUUGGGAAGUGCUAGCUGGACUCAACUCAGUCAAAACUCGAACAACGAGCCCUUGAAACUGCAGAUCAGAUCCUUCCUGCAGCUCUGCCUUAAAAUGCAGUAUGGAUUUUCUGGGCUGACUCCACAAGAACUUGGGAUUAUCAUGCAGCUCAAGUUGAGAGCUCUAUCUUUGCAGCUGGUGUACAUUGUGCGAGGGAGUAACGCGUCGGCCCUAGCGAGCUGCCAGUUCCUUCUGGAGCAAGCGGAAGUGGUUCAAAAAUUCUUGGAAAGCAUUGGGAGCACGAUUGAGGACGAUGAGUUCACGAGGGCCAUGUUCCUCAUGCUGGAUCAAACCGAUGAUCCGAAACCAGGAACACUGGCCAAACUGCUCCUUCCAUUGUUUGACAAACCUGUCCAAUUGCUGACUUUUGCCAGUCCAAUAAAAAUGAUCAAAGCUGUAAUUGUGGAACCCACAGGCGAAUCUGAUACUCCCAUCAAAUUCACGGCUGGCUUACUAUUAGGAAUUUCACUGGAUGUUGAAAUUUACAAUCUGUCUGAUGUUUCCAAUGUUCGCGUUCAGGUCAAGUACCCAGACCAACAAAUUCAUCUAUUGUGUCCUCGAAGAAUUGAUUUUCGUCCCAGUGGAGUUGAUCAAAUUCGGCUUUUGACAACCAUUCGAAUAUCCCAUCACGCUUGGACCGAACCGUGCCCAGUGUCCAUUGCGAUAGUACUGAAUUUAUCUGGACCAGAAUCAAAUUACAAUCAGAAACUGGUACCGAAAAAUGACCCAACAUAUAUCAUCCAGCUCUGUGAAGAGAAACAAGUUCUAGUUGCUCCUAAGCCAGCCAAGAGAGGGCUUUGAAAAACAAUUAAAAAGCUAAUUAAUCUACUCAUCAUAAUUACAUUUUAAUAAAGUACCGCAGAAUUUA